AUGUUCUGGACCAUAGGCUGCAUCUACGGUGCUUCUUCCGUAAUGCUCGGCGCUUUCGGAGCUCACGGUCUGAAGAAGCACAUCGCAGACCCUGCAAGGCUCGCAAAUUGGUCUACAGCGGCACAAUAUCAGUUGAUCCAUAGCGGCGUGCUACUUCUCUCGGCAUCGAUAGCGCCCAAGAACAAAGUCGCAGCAGCACUUUUCACCGCCGGAAUGACUAUGUUCAGCGGUAGCAUCUACCUUCUCGUCCUGGAUCCCCAACGCUUCAAGGCUCUGGGUCCCGUGACUCCUAUCGGCGGCUUGUGUCUGAUUGCUGGAUGGGGUGCACUUGCUUUCGGCAGUCGGGGGAGAAUCACCCUCCCUUAG